AAGGCUUUUGUUGUUGUAGGCUUGUAGCACGUACCGAGAGCUGCCAUCCAACAACAGAGACGUCAUAUGCAUCCAGGGUCAUUGCGGGCGGUGAGAGAAAGAAGGAAAGAGAGGGCCAGAAAGGGCCGGGGGAAGAGGGGAGGGAGGGGACGAUAAAUGAGGGGGAUGAGGGGGAUCAGGGAGUCAGGAGAAGGAGGGAGAGAGUUGUCAGGGACGGGGCCAAGCAGAGAUCAUCGCAGGCGAAUCCCCAGAGCCGCGGGUUGCAGACGAAUGCGACGACCCGAUGAAGCUUUUCGUUUGUUCGCUCGGGAACAUGUGACAGCCCUGGUAUGGAUACGCCCGCCUGACCCGUAUUUGGUAUCGUUCGUUCUCUUCAGCACUUCAGGGUCCAGGCAGGGGGGUGGCCCCGAAAUUCAGGCUCUUCAGGCACCUCGCCUGGCUGGGGCGACUUAUGCCUCAGGCCCUAAGGCACCAGGAAGCCCGGCGGCGGACUAAAGCCGUCGCCGAAAUUUCCUCAUCAUCUCCGUCUGUUCCCCCCAUCG